AUGGCAGCAGCUACGAAAGAAGACAAGCUCAAACUUCCAAUCUUACCAGACAAGAUCAUACUCAAAAGCCCUGCCUUUCUCAAGUACAUCCUGGAAACCAGCUGCUACCCGAGAGAACACGAGCAACUGAAGCAACUGCGGGAAGCCACGAUCAAGAAAUAUGAGCGGCUGAGUAUUAUGAAUGUGCCUGUUGAUGAAGGUCUGCUUAUCUCAAUGCUUCUGAAAAUCAUGAAUGCGAAGAAAACGUUGGAGAUUGGAGUAUUUACUGGUUACUCUCUUCUCACUACUGCUCUUGCACUUCCUGCUGAUGGCAAAAUAGUAGCAAUCGAUCCGGAUAAAGAAGCCUACGAGGUUGGAUUGCCAUUCAUCAGAAAGGCUGGGGUGGAGCAUAAGAUUGACUUCUAUGAAUCAAAUGCCAUGUUAGUCCUAACUGAUCUCGUCCACAAUGAAAAGAAAGAAGAUAUCUUUGAUUUUGCGUUUGUGGAUGCUGAUAAGAACAACUACAUCAAAUAUCAUGAGCUGCUACUAAAGCUUGUGAAGGUGGGAGGAAUAAUAGCUUAUGACAACACUUUGUGGUUUGGCGCAGUAGCAGAACCUGACGAUGAGGAGGUACAGGUACCGGAGGUUGAAUUUAUCAGGAAAUACAAGCCUUAUGUGAAGGAACUGAACAGCUUCCUCGCCACAGAUCCACGUAUCGAAUUAGUUCUUCUUUCCGUCGGAGAUGGACUUACCCUAUGCAGGCGCCUCUAUUAG